AUGGACGACGACUGGCGCGAAGAUGGCAGUCUACGCGGUUUAAAUGCUGGCAACGGUCAAGGAAAAGCUCGUAGUAGUAAAGGAAAAGGACCACAAUUUACGCGUGUAAUUCCUAAAUUCCUGCAAAAGUAUCACCAGCCGCCUGCUAUUCAAGCCAAAUUUGCAGUGUUACCUAAUGCUGGCGAGGAGGAAGAGGACGAAGGGCUGGAUGAGGUACAACAGGCGGCAAUUGACGAGUAUUUGACCAAGAGAAAGGAUGAAAAGAAGGAGACAGAUGAGGGGAUUGGCUUAUACGAAAAUGAGGACAGAGAGAAGAAGAAGAAGAAACAAGGCAAGGUAUCUUCUGGACAGAAUGUCGUCGAGAUGGGCAAAACUGUAGCUCCGGACGCGAUGAGAAAGAAAAAACGCAAACGUAUGGACCGAGCAACGCUGAGUAACAAGAAACUGCUUUCAUUCUCAAUGGAUGAUGAAUGA